AUGCCGAUCAAAUCACCGUUCGAGUCGUCCAUUGCGAAGCCGGGACAAGGCAACGUCGUUCUCUCCCUGCUGCCUCCCUCGAAUCCUACCUUGACGACCUUAACCUACAAAUAUCCGUUGAAGCUGCUCACCCGUGCUCCGGGCUACGUGCCUCAAUCCUCUGCCCUCUCCUGUCCCACCUCCCGACCCGUCCACCUCUAUCUCCUCACCUAUGGCGGCGGUCUUCUCCCAGGAGACCACAUCGAUGUGUCGAUUAAGCUAGACCCCCAGACUCGACUCGUCGUCACGACCCCUCAGGGCAGCACCAAGAUCUUCAAGACGGAACCCAACGCCAGCAUUAAGGGACAACGAGGGACCCCGGCGCACCAAUUGUCCGACAAAAGCCGCCAGUCGGUCGACGUGCAAGUCGGCCGCGAAGCCGCCCUCUGCUACCUCCCAGAUCCCGCAGUACCCUACAAAGACAGCCGGCACGAACAAAUACAGAAAUUCACCGUCGACGGCACCACAACCAAGGAGUCCAAGCGGAGUAGUCUCUGCAUCCUGGACUGGGUGACACAAGGCCGCACGUCGCGCGGCGAGAACUGGGAUUUCCAUCUCUGGCGGGGAAAAAACGAAGUCUGGUCGGCGGGCGAGAACGGGCAGAAGAAGCUUCUACUGCGUGACUCUCUCAUUCUCGACGACGAGGUCAACGAGUUCUGCCUGGAGGAUGAUAAUGAAACGUUGAGUCGUCGUGGCCUGAUUCGGGAGCGGACGCGGCCCCACGGGGUGGUGGGAACGCUGAUCCUCUACGGGCCAGUGUUCGAACGCCUAGCGACCUUCUUCAUGGACCGGUUCACAUCACAACCGCGCAUCGGCGCUCGGAAUUGGUCCUCGUCAAGCCCGGGCGCUGUGGAAUCGACGCCGAACUACGAUAGCAAAGUCACGUUCACGGCGGCGCGUGUACGCGCUGGCUUCGUCCUGGUCAAGUUCGGAGCAAGCGACUUCGAAACGGCCAAGGAUUGGCUCGGUAACAUCUUGCGCGAGGAGGGCACGGUCUUCAAUGAGUUUGGCGAGGAAGCUUUGUUCUGUCUAUGA